UUGCGCUCGUUUGUUGCAUAACUUUAUUCAUUUAUUGGCUUUAACUUGGGCUCUUCAACCAGUAAGUUAAAUUAAGAUUUCGUCGUAUGUGGUUUCUGCGUGACACGAUCUGAAUUUAAUCCAUGAAGCGUAAAAUGAAGAGAACGGCUGGAUCUAAAAACAAACGAAAAUCAGAAACAGGAAAAUGUUUGUAUAAAAAGUCCAAAGUUGAAAAAGACCUCGAAUCAGAAAACAUACCUCCUUGUUCAACUCCUUUGCAAAAUAAACCUGUAAGGGACCAUGUAAGGACAAUUUUAGCUCAUACUCCUUCACAUUUGAAUGUCACUGCUUCAGCGGAUCAAGGAAGUCCAGUCAGUGCUCCAACAAUUAGCCAGACAAGUGUGAAGGGAAACCUAACUAUAAAUCAAAACUUUACAGUGGUCUUGCAGAAUCCCUCUGAUGGUUAUCCUUUGCCUGAGAAUCACUCAGAUGUAAAAGAGGGGACAUGUGAUGACUAUCAAAUUCUGCCUUCACACAACACUGAACAGGUCCCUCAAAAAUGUGAAAGCUCUCAUCGUCGGAGACACUUGUCCUUCAAAAGUUGUCUGGAGCAACAUACAUUAACUCUUGCAGAGGUGAAAAAGGACACAAAUCACUUAAGAGAGGUUACUGUUACCGGAAAGAUUUUAGACAUUCAGCCUGAAAUCAGCAUUCUGCAGAAUGAAGAAGGGAUACAUUAUUCUCAUUAUAUUCUGUAUGAUACCACUGCAAAAGUUCACUUGAGUUUAGCAGAGAAAUUUAUUGUAACCGUCAAUCAGUGGUAUAUAUUUAAAAGUCUUUCUAUCUGUGACUUUGGCAAGGGAAAUGUGCUUUGUUCAACUGAACUCACAACACUGGAGUCAUUUACUCCUUUAGACAAUCUACAGGAGUCUGAAGAGACCGUCGUCUCAGGGAAGGUCACUGAGGCAUUAUUGACCUUUGAAUAUAUUUGUUCAUGCGGUGCCACGCUCUCUUUCUCAAAUGCCAAGUUGUUCCGUAUUAAAUGCAACAAGUGCAGAAAAAGCUGCAGGUGUGAAAAUGUUCAAAACAGAGCCAAGGCCAAUGUAACCAUCAAACAGCCCAAUGGAACAGACCAGAGAGUGGUGUUAAAUGAUGCACUGCUGCACUCCAUUUUCAACUUUAAGAGAGAGGGAUACUGUGACAGUCAGCAGCUAGAGGACCAUCUGCUGAGAGCUGAGAUAAUGACUGUUGUCUGUGUGGAUGAUGAGCCUCGGCGUGUGCAAAUAGAAGCAGUGGAAAAAGCAAAGGAUGUGGCAAAAAAAUCAUUUUUUUCUAGAUGCUGUGUCAUUUGAAGCCUUUUUCCUUAAAGGGUUAGUUUGUUCCAAACCCAUUAGAAAUGAGUUUGUCUUUGGAACACAAAUGAAGAUAUUUUAAUGAUACCUGAGAGAUUUCUGUCUAUCAAUUUAAAGACUAUUCACCCACAACUCUGACGCUCUGAAUGUUAAUAAAAAAGAACAACUAAUAAAUCCAUAUGAAUUAAGCAGUUUAAUCCAAGUCUUCUGAAGAGACAUGAUCACUUUAUAUGAUGAACAGCUUUAAUUUGGGCUUUUAUUCACAUGAUAAUUGAUCAGCAAUCAAACAGAAGGUUAUGCCUGCUUGUCGUG